UUCCAGCGGCAGUAGUUGCUUUCCCAACAUGCAGUUGUGAAACUUGUCACGUGAUCUAGAAUCACAACCGGGCAUAACAUUCCCGAGACGGCAAAUAGAAACUUUUUUGUCUAAAGAUCACAGAGGAAAUAAGGAGGAAACAAUAAAAUCGUGAACCUUUCUGGUUUCUGGAUUUGAACUCUAUGCUGAGACGUUGAUUUUUAUACCAGCAACCUGAAACGAAUAACAAAGUUGUCAUCAGAAAUAAAAUUAUUAGAAUCCACUGAAACCUUUUCUUGAGGCUAUCCAGUUCACCAGAUUUCAUUCCUCCACAAGUAAGAAGAGCCCAUCAACCCUGCAGAACAAUGUGAACAUAGUGAAGUGAUGAGUUGAACACAGUGUUGCCGAAUCGUGCAAAACAUGUACAAAACAGUCCGUCGCGGCGAUGCAGUUUUGCAGUACCGUGUGCUAGGUUCGGCAACGCCGCCCGUGCAACGGACGCCCAGGAGGACAGCGUUCCUGCUGCUGCUGACCUUGAUUCUGGGCUGUGGGGUGGUGGUGGCCGCCGUGCUACUGCCGGGGCUGUUGAGGCUGCAUACCCUGUCACUGGCCCCGUUGCCGCUGCAGGGGCGACACCUGAUCGCUCUGCUCCCCGUCAAGGACUCACCGGGACGGUUCAAUGCCUACCAGAUCAACCCUCAUCCGGUGUUCCCCACAGUGCAUCCACACCACCAUCGACCACCACCUACCACACCAGACUCCACAACCACCACCACUACCACCACCACGACAACCACAUUACCCCCACCACAAACAACCACAAAACCUCCGCCUCCGCCGCCACCGCACAUUCCCGCAGCACCGGUAGCCGCAGCGGCAGGCGUCGAGUCGGACUUGGCGACCAACCGCAUCAACCGGACGUCACGAAUUGUUGGAGACCGACCCUGGUUCCGGCCCGAGUCGCCCUUCCGGUCAGAGCUGGCUUCUACCGACAGUAUAGCCGUCACUGACUCAUUCACACGCUGGACGUGGUAUGGAGUCGGGAGUAUGCUGUCAGCUUUAACACUGGCAGUUUGCUGGGUAAUUGGAGAAGAACUAGGAGCAGAAGGAAACGGAGCACUAUGUUGACCGAUAUACGCAACGAUGACAAAGGCACAUUGCUGUCAGAGGUGUCUUGUGAGGAGGAUUGACUGUUAUAAGAAGUAUUGUAUCGACAUAAACUUGCUGCUAGAUUCCAUGGUUACUAAUGCGAUGACAGGAAUUGAUUCAAUAUUAAAAUAAAAAUUAAAUAUAAUAACAUUUAUAGUAUCAAAUUUUUAAAAAACUUCUCAAGUUGAUAACUAUGAUCUGUUUCAUGUUCAUGCGAAUUGAACAGCAGAUAGAUUAACUUAUGAUUCCGAUGACUCUUGGAUACCACGGAAACUGAAUGGAAGUUGCCUUCUUAUCCAAUGCAGAAGAUUCUAUAGGAAAUUUCAUUUAUCUAUAGGGAAAUGAAAAAUAUUUCAUGGGAAGGAAUCUUCAAGUCCCAACACAAGACUUAUGUCUGAAAGUGGUCAUUAUAGUGUUAAAACGUGAUGAAACAGUUAUAUAUAUAUAUAUAUAUAUAUAUAUAUAUAUAUAUAUAUAUAUAUAGCAGUUCGUAAUCGAUGAAAACAUUCAAGAAUAGAAGUAAUCUAUCGAACUUCGUAGGUUGAGAAAAUAAAUUUAUCUUGUAAGCUCAUCAGUGAGCCAGUGAACCUCAACUGAGAAUAUUCAAAAGCAUAGGUUAAAUUAUGCGAUUAUGCUUGAGAAACCUCAAUACUCAAACUUAAAUCUCCUAAAUUUCGCUUGGAAAUUGCAAAUGAACAUGAAAAUGAAAGGUGAUUGAGCAUUCAAUUUUCAUGUUAGACUGAAAUUUGAAGAGAAUAUUAAUUUCUAUUAAGAGACUGGGAUAAAUCCUACUUUUCCACAAAUGUUAUUGCAAAACCUCAACGUGUAAUGUAAUUUCAAGAUUGAGUACCAGGAUUAUAUCAGUUUGAUACUCUGAAUAAUAUUCAAGUAAUAAACAAGCAAUAAACUUGUUCCGAUCAUUUUCUUCGAGCCUCAUCUUCUAACUCAACGGCAUGAGCUUGCCUACUAUGCGUUGAAUCCUGUAUCACAUAACAAGUCUCUGGAAGUUGUAGUGAAGCAUGCCAGAUAUUCACCAACUUAAUUGUUCACGUGUAACAUGGUGUGAAACAGUGUAUCAAACUUCAUGACUACAAAAUAAUGGUGCCUACAUGCAGAUGAGUUUCGUACUUUACGAUCGUGUAUAUCCUCUAACAAGUUUAAUACAAAGGCGAAUCCCAAUAAAACUUGAAUUUGGAGCAAUUUCGAGUUCUGUUUAUAACGCUUGUGAAUAUGACUUAAUUUUCGUGGUCAAUUCUAUUCGAAACGCCUAUAAAAUGAAGGAAGGGAUUAUGUAAUGGAGAUGGUUUGACGCCAUAUUUAUCAUAUUGGAUUUCUUUCCAAUGUUUGAAGAGUUUUAACGAUUUCAUUAAGCUCCUCUCUUCAAAGUAAUCGUACUUAGGAUCGAAACGUAAAAAAACCACCUCCUUAUAUAUUUUCGUCCAAAAUCAGUUGCAGUUCAUCUCAUUCAUUCUUGAUGAAAUUUAUUUACUUUAUUUAAAUCAAAUAGAGAAUCAUUUACCUUAUCGAAAAAAGCGAACAGUCACAUUGAAAAUAGCCUGAAAAACUGACACACUCUUUUCUAAUUACGACUAUAAUAUCUUAGAAGAUUCCACGAUAAGUGUCUAUGAUAAGUGCUGUCUAUGAUCUGCUGACGUUUUAGUGUUGUGCUUGACAGAUAAGAACGGCAAGCAAUAUAAUGGGGAGUUAUGGCAAAGGUCUGCCUUUCUGAUGCAUUCAGCCAUCUGAUGCAGCGUUUCUAUGAACGAGAGAGAGAUUUGACAAAUACUUCCAAGUGUUUGGCAGCAAAGAAUAGCCGGUCACCCUACCCAAUUCCUGACUCUCCUGAGCUCUCACCUUUCUGUUUUUUUCUACAUUCAAGCCUUCACUUCUACCUUCACUUUUUACCUUCACGUUUCUUCUCGCUUGUUUCCCCCACUUAUUCGUUUGCUUCAUCUCUCAAUUCUUGAAAUUCUUCUCUUCUUGCUUGAUUAACACAGCUAGUUCAACAUCACCCCUCAAUAUUUCUCCUUUUCAUUCUCUUCCUCAACUUCUUAUUCUUUUUCUCCCAAUCCUCUUACUUUCUCUUCUCCUACUAUACCACCUUGUUCAUCUUCUUAUCCAUUUAACCACUUCCACCUAUUCCACCUCUUACAUUUCCUCCCUCACAUACAUCUCCUCAUUAACAAUCACCUCCCAAUAAAGAAUGGCUGCUUAUUACGUCUAUUCAUUCUCCUUCCUUCUCUUUUUCCGUUUAUUUAUCAUGCUCACUCUCUCUAUAUCACUGGUUUGCCCUUCCUCCAUAUUCUUCUUUUCCAGGUUCGGCAUUGACUUCAUGCCAUAUUUCCUCCAUUUUCCUUCUUUUUAAUCCUAUCAAACAUUCAUCACCAACAUUCUUCCAAUGCAUAUUUCAUCUCUUUCUCCACAAACCUUAUUCUCCUCUUUGUUUUCCUACUCUAAGUCUCCCCUUCAAUUUCUAUUAUGCCUCACUCCUGCUUGCAUCACUUUUCCCUUUUACUUUUCUGCUAUUACUUCUCAACUCCUCCCCGUGCUCUCCACAAUUCCAACUAUAUCUUUUUCUUUCCAUUUUCCAAAUUCCACUCUCUAUUAUUCUCUCUUCUGUAUCUCCAACUUCUCUAUCAUCCUCUACUCUUUUCGAUUCUCCCUCUCAUGUGCUUUCUUUUUCUUCUUUCUUUCCCUGUCCGUUUGCCAUUGCGAUUGGAAAUCGACUACCAAUUAGGGCAGAGAGCUUGGCUGGGUCCUUUUCUUGGUGUAUUGGUCAGUCGGCCCCUGGCUGUGGGGGCCACACGGGAAUCGAUAGGGGGCCAAUUUGACAUCCGCCAAAUUGCACUAAGGCCUCACUAGUCACUACUCCACUUUGCUUUGCUAUCGAUUCUCCACGCAGCCAUUGACAGUUUUGUACUUGGCUACAGCGCGAUUUAUGUUCACUCUUCAUUUCCAAAGUCAUUCUUCUAUUCUCACUCCAUCAAUUACUGAUUCUAUCAAUCUUUCAGCUUAAUCAAUCAGUGCUUUUAUGAAUCUUACCACUCUAUCCAUUGCUGCUCUUACUUUCAUGAAUUAUUUCUGAAUUGGUGAGUCGGAGUAAAGAUCGCAUUAGUAGAUAUCCCACGGUGAAAAUAGUUUAUGUUCCAAAUCUCAAGCCGAUUCCUGUUAACUUGCCUUUUAUUACUGUUUUGGCCAGGUGAGAGUGUAUAACAAUGAUACACUAUGAGAGAUUACCAGUGUCGCAUAGCUUCACGAAAUGGAACUACUAGGACUAUCGGCUUGGCUUAACAAUGAAAUUUGGAGCAUAAACGAUAUCUGAUUAUGCUAUAUUUUUCUAUGAUUUACCUCGGGUAAGAUCAUGCUUGCUUUAAUCGAAUGGAAUUUCCACUGAUAAUACUGAGAUUGGAUACAAUGUUUAUAAUUGCAAAUCAAUUAUUGUGAAAAUGCUUUACUCUGAUGAAUUUUACCUUGCUGCUCUGCUGGACAGAGGAACCAUUGGCUGUCAUAGAAGUGUUUACAGCUUCAGGCAUUGUCUGACGACAAUGUAACUGCAGACGCAUCUUCUUCAGAACUAAUCAUAUUCUCUUCCUGUCAAGCAGAGUAGAGGACGUUGUAAGACCAUGUCUUACUCUCAUUCUCUCAACUCAGCAGAGCAGAAUUCGUAGGGAAGCAGGUCUCAACUGGAAUCAGACUUUUCAGUUUAUAUCAAACUAUCAUAAUUUAAUCAUACUACUUACAGUUUAUUUAUUAUUAUUAAUAUACGGAGCAUUAUAUGUUUCUGGACUGGAUGACUAAGGACCAUAAUUUGUACAAUCCAAGUUCAACGCUAAACUGGGUCAUAUAAAAAACAAUCUAGAAGUUUAUUGUAGGUCAUAGAAUAAACAAUCUAGAUACAUAGAAGUUGUCUUUGAUUAUGUUUACAUGUAGCUACGGUCUUUCUUUUGCGAGUAUCUCGAUAAUUCUGAGUUGUGAAUUCAAUUCAAGACAUUUUAUCCAGAUCAGAUAACUUCCCUGAAAGAGUCUGUCGAAAUCCACAUUCUAUACUGUACUACAAGUCCGUUGAACUCAUACCAGAUCAGUUUGGAUGUCAAUAGUCUAGCAGCAAGAUUUUACUGAUACAAUACUCAUUUACUGGAUAAUCUACUCAUAAGAACAGAGUAUAUCAACAAAGGGAAUUGGAAAAGAAGCAAUGUGAGAGUCUAUACAUGAAAGAUUAAAAUUACUUUUUUAUAAGUUUCUUCAACAAUUGUUCAAGGAAGCUUUUGUAUUUCUGUUUCUCCUUGAUAUUCAUGAGAGCAUUUCCUCUAAAAAAUAUCAUGGUGAAUUGUCUUUCAAAUCGUGAAAUUGCUACCUAUGUAUUUCAUCUACUCAUAUGAAAUUGAUUAUAAGUGUCCAUCGCCUAUGGCAGAUACGAGCUAUGUAAAAGAUCACAAUAAUUUUAUAUGAAUUUAGGCUUCAUUUAUCAUAGUUUGUUUGAAUAGACUUAUACGCAUGCUCUAAAAAAUAAAUGUUCAUGAAAAAUAUUGUGCAAUUGCUGAAUGUUGAAAAGAUGUUUGAAUAUGUAACAGCUACGUUUAUUAGCAUUAUACAAUCGUUAUUAUCAUUCAUAGAAAAUUUAUGUGAUGUUCAUAGAUAGUGUUCGAUAAUUUAUCUGCUUCUUGUUGUGAUUCUUGGUGUUGGCUUCUUGAAAUAAAUAUGAAUUUGAGAUGUUUCCUUGGAGGGAGUCUAUAGAAUUGAUCCUAACUUAAAUAUAUAAUAUUGCUGUCAAGAUUGUAUUCAGUUGAAACGAUUACAUGAUGAUGAAAUUAUCCAUUUUUAAAAACUCAAACUCUAUGUCUGAAUAAUUUGAAACAAUAAAACCUCAAAUCUGAACUCACUUUUUUGAGAUUCUCUGUGAAAGCAUUUGAAAUUUUCAAAAUCAAUCAUUGAGGACUGUUUCUCAUUAUCUAGAGCAGAGAUUUCUAUAAUGUGUGUUUGAAGAUUGAAAAUUAAAAAUACCACGUUUGAUUGCUUGAUCUGGAAAUCAUUGACAACGCAUAAAAAACGUGUAAUAUGAUAAUAAUAUAUAACUAUCAUAUUAUUGUAAUAUAAAUAUAUGGAUUUUCUACAAAAUUAUUACGACAAGGAGUGAAUUUAGUAAAUGGGAUCAUUAUUCACUUAGAUUAGGAUUUUAUGUGACUGAUAAGAUUUAGAAUAAAAUGUAUGAAAACUGACCGAUACAAUCUGUUGAGUGUUGGAGUGAAGAUAGCUUACAAAGCUUUAACCUGAGGAAUAAUGUUGUGAUGUACAGUAAACUAAGUGAUUAGAUUAUUAUAUUUUGAGCGAGAAAAGACUAAUUGUAUUUUGUCUAAAUCGAAUAAAUGAUGUAUAUGAUAA